GAGGCUUGUUCAGGUGACUGCAGAGGUAGUGACAGACGAGUGCACAGCACAGACAGUAAAAACAGAAGAAAUACCAGAUUUCUGAGUGAACAGGACAUGGCUCUCAUCAGGCGCUACUCGGAUGUGAUGACCAUGCCGGACUCUUUCAUUCAGCGCCAGCAGCUCGAUGCCAGCAUGGCUGACACUUUCCUGGAGCAUCUCUGUCUGCUGGACAUCGACCAGGAGCCAAUCACAGCCCGCAACACCAGCAUAAUCUGCACCAUCGGUCCUGCAUCUCGAUCGGUCCCUAAACUCCAGGAGAUGGUUAAAGCUGGGAUGAACAUCGCUCGUCUGAACUUCUCUCACGGCUCUCAUGAAUACCACAGUGAGACCAUCAAAAACAUCAGAGAGGCAGUGGAGACCAUCACCUCUGACCCCUUGUGUUAUCGACCCGUGGCCAUCGCCUUGGACACCAAGGGUCCGGAGAUCCGCACCGGCCUAGUGAAAGGGAAAGCUGAAGGAGAGGUGGAGUUGGUGAAAGGCAGCCACGUGCGAGUGGUGACAGCAGAGAGUGACAAAGACAAGACAGACGGGAAGAUAAUCUGGGUGAACUAUCCCAGCUUGCAUAAAGUCGUCCAGAAGGGAAGAAAAAUCUACAUGGACGACGGCCUCCUUGCUCUCAGAGUUACAGAAAUAGGCUCCGACUGGGUGGAGGCCGUGGUGGAGACAGGCGGGGUCCUCUGCAGCCGUAAAGGCGUCAACCUCCCUGGCUGCGACCUGGUCGGCAUGCAGGCGGUCAGCGAGCAGGAUGAGGCCGACCUGCGGUUCGGGGUGGCCCACGGUGUGGACAUGGUGUUCGCCAGCUUCGUCCGCUCGGCCCAGGACGUGAAGGACGUGCGGCGGGCUCUGGGGCCCCACGGGAGACACAUCAAAGUGAUCAGCAAGGUGGAAAGUCGGCAAGGAGUUCAGCAUUUUGAGGAGAUCCUUGCUGAGAGCGACGGCGUGAUGGUAGCCAGGGGAGACCUGGGCAUAGAAAUCCCCGCUGAGAAAGUCUUCAUCGCCCAGAAGAUGAUGAUUGGGCGCUGCAACUCAGCUGGAAAGCCCGUCAUCUGUGCCACGCAGAUGCUGGAGAGCAUGGUGACCCACGCACGGCCAACCAGAGCAGAGAGCAGUGACGUGGCCAACGCCGUGCUGGACGGGGCCGACUGUGUCAUGCUAUCUGGGGAGACCGCCAAGGGCCUGUUUCCUGUGGAGUCGGUUGCAAUGAUGCACUCGAUCUGCAGGGAAGCAGAGGCGGCCAUUUUCCACCAGCAGCUGUUUGAGGAGCUGCGCCGCCUCACUCCUCUGUCCUCUGACCCCACUGAAGUCACCGCCAUCGGAGCGGUGGAGUCCUCCUUCAAAUGCUGCGCUGGGGCCAUCAUAGUUCUCACCACCAGUGGCAGGUCGGCACACCUCCUGUCCAGGUAUCGCCCUCGCUGUCCAAUCAUUGGGGUCACCAGAAGUCCUCAGGUGGCCCGUCAGUCCCAGCUGUUGAGAGGAGUGUUUCCCGCCCUCUUCCAUCCUCUGCCUGCUCCGGUUUGGGCCGAUGAUGUCGACAACAGAGUCAACUUUGGAAUGGAAAUAGGGAAAGCCAGAGGAUUUUUCAAGCCGGGCGACAUGGUGAUUGUGGUGACGGGCUGGAUCCCAGGGUCCGGUCACACCAACAUCAUGCGGGCAGUUAAUGUCUGGUGAACACAGGGGUCCUCUGAGUCCUGGACCGGUCUCCAGUCAUUAAUGAAUGUGAUCAUGUGAAAAACUCUGAGAUUAAACUGAUAAACUCUGAAACAUUCAGGCUGCUGCAACUUGUUGAAUUUUCUUAAACAUGAUGACUCCCUAAUAAAACUUGAAGCACUA